CGGCCGCGGCGGGUCUGGGCAGGGCCGGGGAAGGCGGCCGGAGCGGAACGGGAAGGGGUCAGAGUCGCAGCCCGGCCGGGGCGGCGUGAAGCAGCGGGAACCGAGGCGAGCGGCGGCCGAGGUGUGUUCUUUAAAUACUGGAGAGGACAGAGCAAUGGCAAACAACUCUGCUAUAUGAAGUGUCACGUUUCAGCCUCUCCAGUGAAGGAUUUACCUUGCAGAGAAAGUUGGUAGAAGUUAAUGGCGAAUAGUCAGCUCUGAAAUGGUCUGUCUGCAGGUUUUGAGCAUCUGAUCCCUGAACUGGAGUGUCUGCUGCCACCCCCUUAUUCUUUGCAGAAAUGUCUGUCACCUACGACGAUUCUGUGGGAGUCGAAGUAUCCAGCGACAGCUUCUGGGAGGUUGGGAACUACAAGCGGACUGUGAAGCGGAUCGAUGAUGGCCACCGCCUAUGUGGUGACCUCAUGAACUGUUUGCACGAGCGGGCCCGCAUUGAGAAGGCAUAUGCACAGCAGCUCACUGAGUGGGCCCGACGCUGGAGGCAGCUUGUAGAGAAGGGUCCACAGUAUGGGACCGUGGAGAAGGCCUGGAUGGCUGUCAUGUCUGAAGCAGAGAGAGUGAGCGAGCUGCACCUAGAAGUGAAGGCAUUCCUGAUGAAUGAAGACUUUGAGAAGAUCAAGAACUGGCAGAAAGAAGCCUUUCACAAGCAGAUGAUGGGAGGCUUUAAGGAGACCAAAGAAGCAGAGGAUGGCUUCCGGAAGGCCCAGAAGCCCUGGGCCAAGAAGCUGAAAGAGGUGGAAGCAGCGAAGAAAGCAUACCACACAGCGUGCAAAGAGGAGAAGCUGGCCAUCUCUAGAGAAGCCAACAGCAAAGCAGAUCCGUCCCUCAACCCUGAGCAGCUGAAGAAACUGCAAGACAAGAUAGAAAAAUGCAAACAGGAUGUUCUGAAGACUAAGGACAAGUAUGAGAAGGCCCUGAAGGAGCUCGAUCAGACCACACCCCAGUACAUGGAGAACAUGGAGCAGGUGUUCGAGCAGUGUCAGCAGUUUGAAGAAAAGCGCCUGAAGUUUUUCCGGGAGGUUCUGCUGGAGGUUCAGAAACACCUGGACCUGUCCAAUGUGGCUAGCUAUAAAACCAUUUACCGAGAGCUGGAGCAGAGCAUCAAAGCGGCUGAUGCAGUAGAGGACCUGAGGUGGUUCCGAGCCUUCCAUGGACCAGGAAUGGCCAUGAACUGGCCACAGUUUGAGGAGUGGUCUGCAGAUCUGAAUCGAACUCUCAGCCGGAGAGAGAAGAAGAAGGCUGCUGAUGGUGUCACCCUAAUGGGAAUCAACCAGACAGGUGACCAGUCUGGGCAGAACAAGCCUGGCAGCAACCUUAGUGUCCCGAGCAACCCCGCCCAGUCCACGCAGUUACAGUCCAGCUACAACCCCUUCGAGGACGAGGACGACACGGGCAGCACCGUCAGUGAGAAGGAGGACAUUAAGGCCAAAAAUGUCAGCAGCUACGAAAAGACUCAGAAUUACCCUGCUGACUGGUCUGAUGAUGAGUCUAACAACCCUUUCUCCUCUACGGAUGCCAACGGGGACUCUAACCCAUUUGAUGAGGACACCACCUCAGGAACGGAAGUGCGAGUUCGGGCCCUCUAUGACUACGAGGGACAGGAACAUGAUGAGCUAAGCUUCAAGGCUGGGGAUGAGCUGACCAAGAUAGAGGACGAAGAUGAACAGGGUUGGUGCAAGGGACGCUUGGACAGCGGCCAAGUUGGCCUAUACCCAGCCAACUAUGUUGAGGCUAUCCAGUGACAGACCAUGGGCAGGCUGGCGGAGAAAUGGAAGUGGGCAGUUCAGGAGCUCCGUUAGCCUUGGCCUGGGCAGUGACACCUCCAGCGCCCCCAGCAGCUGUGUAGGCAUCCACUCCACCUGCAAAAGAUGAUGGUUCUGUUGUUCUUGGCUUCCUGGUGUGCUUUGAAGGCAGAUGAGCUGGUGAUUUCAUUGGGGACUUGGCCCCUUUCGAAGCACAUCUGGGCAGAUCUAGGCACAGGAAGACAUGGUCCAACAGUGAGAGCCAGGCCCCUCCCCACCCCACCAGGUCUCUGUAUCAUGGAUUUGCACCUUCUUGCCCUUGCCCCUCCCAAGUCAAUGACGGAUCACACUGAUUCUUGUUCCACUGAUUAUUUUCUCUGAUGAGUCCCUACUUGCAAGUUUAAUGAACAGACUUACUUGCCGUUUUCUGAGUAAAAAGUUUGAGGUUUUAAUUUAAAGGCACUGUACAGUUAUACUUUUUUAUAUGCUCUUCCAGUCAGUUAAAUUAUGGCCUAGAUUGAUCUGAGGUGUUCUCCAUGUAUGCUGUCUUAAGUUCUUUGUGCUGUGUUCAGAUGUGGGGUUGCUGCAGCAGGAGUUCCAUGGCAAGUGCCAGUUGCAGGGGUAACCUUGUGCAAUGUUCUCCAGCAUCACCAUGGUUAGAAAUUAUUUUCACUCUAUCUUGCUUCAAUUUUUGCAUAUUAACAGUUUUGUUAGUGAUUUGGAAAGUUAAACAUAAGACUAACUUUUCAAAGCAGCUGCGUCUGUAGAUGGAGAUGCUUUACAUUGGACCGUCGUGUCUUGAUGUAUAUCUGUAUAUAUUAUUUGAUAUUCAGAGAAUCUAUAGAGUUCACCCACUGUUGAGAGCUGGUGGCUUCUGACAGCAGGGCUUGUCAACUGCUUGAAGCCCAUGGCAUUGAAGCAUAGGCAUGGCUUGCUGUCAGCCUCCUCCCGGUUAAGAUGUGGCUCUGGCCUCUGAGUGGAGCUGCUGAGAAGACUGAGGCUCACUGGCCAGGCCUCCAUCCAUGGCAGAGCACUGGAAAAGCUCCUAGGUGUUUGCAGUGGCCCAGGCUUCGCGGUCCCUGUGUCACUCAGUGGAGAGUUAGAGGGGUUCGGUACCCCGCCACACACACACAAGUCCCUCCAAGUACCCUUGUCCUCAGGUGCAGUGGGACUGUCCUGAGACCCAGGAUUGGGCAAAGAGAGAGUUUUAUUUUGUUAGCUCAGACAGUGUGCAAGGUCGCACAUCAGCAACUUGUGUUUCUUCACUGUUUGCCAUGAGUGCCAUUUUGCUGUGGCUGUGUGUCAUGACAACUUACCAGCAGAAGUCCUUGUUCCUAAGCUACAGAUUGACCAAAAGCUGUCAAGUCCUUAAUGUUUAGAAAUUCCUUUAAAUGUAUAGUAUUUUAGAAGAGCAACAACAAAUCAAUAAACAGUUGAUCUUG